AUGCCUCUUGAUCAAAAUGAUCCUGCCACUCUAGAAGGAAUAUCCUCUACUAGUGCCUCCCUUGAUCAACCAUCACCUAACAUUGGAGAUACUGACUCUGGAAGCUCAUCCUCAUCAAACAAUCCUAACAGAAAGACCAGAAGCCUUAGAGAUCUUUAUGACAACACACGACAUGUUAAUAUUGGUGACUUGGCAGGUUUUGAUCUAUUUGCAGAUUCUGAUCCUUUGCAUUAUGAAGAGGCUUGUUUGGACAAGAAAUGGAGGGAUGCCAUGGAUAGAGAAAUGGAUUCAAUUAUGAAGAACAACACCUGGGAAUUGAUUGAUCUACCAAAAGGACAAAAGUCUAUAGGAGCCCCUAGGGCCUGGUAUAGCCGAAUUAAAGGCCACUUUCUUGAUCAAGGUUUCAAGAAAUGCAACUAUGAACACACACUGUGUAUCAAGAAGGAAGGCAACACCAUUCUUAUAGUCUGCAUAUAUGUGGAUGAUCUAGUAUUCAUAGGAAACUCCUUAGAAAAGAUAAAUGAAUUUAAGGAUUCAAUGAAAGAAAACUUUGAGAUGACAUAUUUGGGACUAUCACACUAUUUCUUGGGGAUAGAAGCUACUCAAGGUGCACAUUGCAUUACUAUUUCUCAUAAGAAGUAUGCCAGAGACUUAUUGCAAAGAUUCAAUAUGGAAGAUUGCAUUUCUGCUGCAACACCCAUGGAGUUUGGUCUUAAGCUUUCAAAAGAAGAGAAUGGGAAGGAAGUGGAUUCAACCGUCUAUCGCAGCUUUGUGGGAUGCCUUAUGUAUCUCACUGCAUCUAGGCCUGAUAUCAUGUUACCUGUGACCCUUGUCAGUAGAUUUAUGGAACAUCCUAAAAAACAACAUUUGGAAGCAGCUAGGCGUAUCCUAAGGCAUGUAAAAGGCACAUUGGACCAUGGUAUUACCUACUCUUUUUCUCAUGAUUUCAAGCUAAUAGGGUAUAGUGAUAGUGACUAUGGAGGGGAUAUUGUGGAUAGUAGGAGUACCGCAGGUUAUGUCUUCAGCCUAGGUUCAGGAGUUAUUUCAUGGCAGUCCAAGAAACAAAAAGUAGUGGCCCUAUCCUCCACAGAAGCUGAGUAUAUGGCACUCUCUUCAAAAGGGUGCCAAACACUUUGGCUUAGAGGCAUACUACAAGAAUUGGGGAUUUCACAAAGUACUUGUACACAAAUCUUUUGUGUAACAAGUCUUCUAUAG